UGUGGAAUUACGUCACCACGUUCAGCGUAGGUUAAAAAAAAUGUUCUGCCUCUGCGAGGAAAUUGUGUAAAAUGAAGUGUGAAGAAGAAAAGGCAGUGGGAGUGUAUUUCGGUUGAAUGGCAUAUUCAAUUCUUUUUCAUUUUUAAACAACAACGUUCGGAUUGUUUGAAGGCUGACGAUCGGUGUUGUGUUUUGGCGAGGGGCUGCAGGUUCCUGCCGCUCUGUCGCUCGGUCGGUUGGUUCCUGUUUGGGAUGCGAGGCGGCCGCUGAGGGGGAAAAGAUAUCAACAAUAUGGCGGCGGUGGAGCUGGAAUGGAUUCCCGAAACCCUGUAUAACACUGCAAUCUCGGCCGUGGUGGACAGUUACACUCGCUCCCGCAGGGAGAUCCGCUCGCUGCCCGAAAAUAUACAGUUUGAUGUUUAUUACAAGCUUUAUCAACAAGGACGCUUAUGCCAACUUGGUGGUGAAUUCUGUGAGCUUGAGGUGUUUGCCAAGGUGCUUAGAGCAUCAGACAAAAGGCAUCUCCUUCACCACUGUUUUCAAGCUUUAAUGGAUCAUGGAGUAAAGGUGGCUUCGGUGUUAGCCAAUUCUUUCAGCAGGCGCUGUUCGUAUAUUGAAGAGUCGGAUGCUCAUGUGAAAGAGAAGGCAAUCCAGUUUGGAUUUGUUUUAGGUGGGUUUCUUUCUGAUGCAGGCUGGUAUAGUGAUGCUGAGAAGGUGUUCCUUUCUUGUCUGCAGCUAUGUUCGCUACAUGAUGAGGUGCUUCACUGGUUUCGUGCAGUUGAAUGCUGCGUCAGGUUACUCCAUGUGCGUAAUGGCAAUUGUAAGUACCACUUGGGUGAAGAGACCUACAAACUAGCUCAAACCUACAUUGAUAAACUGGCAAAACAUGGUCACCAAGCAAAUAGAGCAGCACUCUUUGGAGAGCUCUGUGCAUUACUCUUCGCUAAAAGUCAUUAUGAUGAGGCUUAUAAGUGGUGCGUAGAAGCCAUGAAGGAAAUCACAGUUGGCUUGCCCGUGAAAGUGGCAGUUGAUGUUUUGAGGCAAGCUUCAAAAGCUUGCGUCGUGAAACGGGAAUUCAAGAAAGCAGAGCAAUUAAUAAAACACGCUGUGUAUUUAGCGCGGGAGCAUUUUGGUCACAAGCAUCCCAAAUACUCUGAUACCCUCUUAGAUUAUGGAUUUUACUUGCUCAACGUAGAUAAUAUUUGUCAAUCAGUGGCUAUUUAUCAGACAGCACUCGAUAUCCGGCAGUCAGUAUUUGGAGGGAAGAACAUCCAUGUAGCAACAGCUCACGAAGACCUGGCUUAUUCUUCUUACGUACAUCAGUAUAGUUCUGGGAAGUUUGACAAUGCACUAUUCCAUGCUGAACGUGCCAUAGACAUCAUCACUCAUAUCCUCCCUGAAGACCACUUACUGUUGGCUUCUUCUAAAAGGGUUAAAGCGCUUAUACUGGAGGAGAUUGCUAUUGACUGUCAUAACAAGGAAACUGAGCAACGGCUUCUUCAGGAGGCUCAUGAUUUGCACCUUUCCUCACUCCAGUUAGCCAAGAAAGCCUUUGGUGAAUUCAAUGUGCAGACUGCAAAGCACUACGGAAACCUGGGCAGGCUCUAUCAAUCUAUGCGGAAGUUCAAGGAAGCAGAAGAAAUGCAUAUAAAAGCAAUUCAAAUUAAGGAGCAACUUUUGGGCCAAGAAGAUUAUGAAGUGGCAUUAUCGGUGGGACAUCUAGCAUCUCUCUAUAACUAUGAUAUGAAUCAGUUUGAAGAUGCUGAAAAACUUUAUCUGAGGUCUAUAGCUAUAGGAAAGAAGCUGUUUGGAGAAGGUUACAGUGGACUAGAGUAUGAUUACAGAGGUCUCAUCAAACUGUACAACUCUAUUGGCAAUUUUGAGAAAGUAUUUGAAUAUCACAAUAUUCUGUCCAACUGGAACCGCCUGCGGGAUCGACAGUUUGCCAUCAGUGAUGCCCUUGAGGAUGUAAAUGGCAGCACACAAUCCACAGAGGAAGUGGUCAGAUCAUUCCUGUUAGCUCAGCCUACAGUUGGACAGGGUUGCUGAGGUUCAAAACAGGAUUAAAUUGUCACAUACAGUCUUUAUUCCCUGGACUACAAGGAAGAAGCAUACUGUGAAACAAUCCAGUAACUACACGUAAUACCAUUAGGGUAAUUACUUUCAUUUAGGUGUUAAACUCCGAGGUAAAGGUAAUGGAAAAAAAAAUUCAUGUAAUAGAUACAAGUCUAGGAAAGAACUGACCGGAAACAGUCGCCAUGGCAUGUCAUUGUCUAGUAAAGUUUGCAAAUGCUGAUGACAUGGAGGAUUUGUCUCGGCACCUGAAUGCCAUAAAUAUUGGUUAAAGUGAAGUUAUUUUGCAGCUGCAGCCUUUUAUUUUAUUUUUAAUUAUAUUUCCAGCCGUUUUGCUGCUGACCACAACUUUUGAAUAGUAAUCCAACCAUUUCUUUAUGCAUAAAUCAGAUCGUUCCAGGAUGGGCAAGUGAAUUUCAUACAAGCCUUGUUGACUAUUGGCUAAAUUUAUUUGGCAUCUUGGAAGUUAUAGCAGUUCCUUGUGAAGUGUGCUAACUGGUGCCAUUUGCACUGCUUGCCUCCACAGCAUCGCAGUUAGUCCUAAUUAUUUUGCUGUGUCACCCAUUGCAAAAUGACAUCCUUAAGGGCACUGUGAUAGGUUUGCUGUACAUUACAGUAUGUCAUUAUAUUCCUAGGUAUCUAUAGCAUGAGUGGCCUUAGUGAGUUUGUUGAAGUGCACAUUUUUUUAAAAUUGAAAUAAUAUUAAAGGAGAUAUCUAGAAGUUGGUUUGUGGUGCACAGUUCAGUGUUGGAUCACUAACUGAUGUUUUUAGGUACCAUUUGUCACCUUUUUUUUUAAAAUUCAACUUCUAUUCCUCUUUGGGAAUAAUGUUGCCAUGUUCUGCAUUAAGUGAAUAAUAAAAUUUUGAUAACAUUUUGAGGAUCUGGAAAUGAAAAAGGUCAACGGUGUUCAUUUUAUUGCACAUUUAAUUAAAACAGUACUAUUUUUGUACUUUACUGAAUUGCUUUGACAGCAGUGGCUUAACACUAUUACCACAUUCAGCCUCUGCUGUUAUAAAGCAAAAUGACAAACAGACACUCAUACUUGAGCAGGAAUCCGUGUGAUAGUGCCAUGCUGAAUUUAUACAAUGACAUUAAAAUUUUGUUUCAUUUUAAACAAUUCCAUUUAUUUGUGUACAGAAACUUUUAGUGUAAUGACAUACAGGCUGCAGCGCCCAACAUUAUGUGCAACCAUCAAACCAUUAUUGCUUAUGUUUGUAACAAACAUUGUGAUAUUCUGUAAGUGUACUACUAUAAAACAUUAUUGAUCUGCUAAAUAUAGUGUUCAUGCACAAUC